UUAAAACUCACUCAACUACACAAUCUAGUUCGAUAAACACCUAACACACUUUAGUUCAUAAAAUAUCUAUUUACUCCAAGAAUCAACUUGGGGACAAAGAUGCUCAUUCCAGAGGUGGACAUGUGGAAUGUGUCCAAGAGUAGCCGGAUACACCGCCUUUCCAUUUUCACUUGCGAUAAGCCUGGACUGAAGGUGUUGGCCUACACCGCAGUGCGGGGAGUGGAUAGGUUCUACUUGGAGUGCCAGGACUACAGGGAUUACUUCAGAGACCCCUAUAAUCGAGUCCACAAGCCCAAGAGGUUCACGACGUAUGCAGGCAGGUGCGACGCAAAGUUGGAUACCGAAGUCGAGAUCCUUUCAAUGCCGACCUCGUGGCGCAUUGAUCGCCAGCCCAUCAUCUAUCCAAUCGACUAUCACUCGGAUAUGGCACUUGGUAGAAGGGACUGCGAUCACAUCAAAGCCUUCUGUUCCCCAGCCGAGAGCCUUAGCUUCAAGCGAUAGGUGCCUCCAAGUGCAUGGGAUUCCUGGGAUCGGCUGUUACCCUUUUGGCAGUUUAAAUACAGUUUAAGCAUUGCAAA